CUUAGGCUUCCUGGCCACUGUUAGGUUAGAUUAGAUUAGAAGCCGCGAUGCCGGCCUUGUCUUGUUGAAGCCAAACAAACUCUAGAAAUUUCAAGACACUGUUUCUGCGAUUUGUUCUCUUUGGCAGUGGACUUUUAAAGUGGAUACUCUCUGCUUUUCCAGUCUUUGCUGUUGUCGUCAGCUCGAAGAGUCGUAGAAGACUAGAAGUUCCAUCCGGCGAGACUUGUAAUUUAUAGAUUUAUUGAUGCCUGAUUAAGGUAUUGCGGCAAGUUUUGCAGCUUGUUUCUGCGGGAAUAUCUGGUUCAAGGAUCAAAACUCUCUUUUGGCGAUGCAGGAUAAAAGAUUGGCCUCAACUUUUUAAUUUUGAAUAGGAAUUAAAAUUGAUUCCAUGUAAGGAUUUUUACUAAAAAUUACAAGUUUUUUAUGGCUCGAGGACGCGACAUUAGCGUGGAAUUUCCUGAUACUGAAGACAUGGAUUGUGAUGCAUCAACAACUGUAGAUUUUGAUAGUUCCCACUCAUCCAUGCCUCCUGUAACUCCGAGCACGAAAGUUGGUUUAUCUUCAACCAGUGGUGUUCAUGAGCUACUUGAAUGUCCUGUCUGUACAAAUUCAAUGUACCCUCCUAUUCACCAGUGCCCAAAUGGCCACACACUGUGCUCAAAAUGCAAGUCCACGGUACAGAAUCGCUGUCCAAUCUGCCGCCAUGAACUCGGUAAUAUUAGAUGCUUGGUGCUCGAGAAAGUAGCCGAGUCUCUCGAACUCCCUUGCCGAUACUCGAACGUUGGGUGCUUUGAAAUUUUCCCAUACUACAGCAAAUUGAAACAUGAGCAAUUAUGCAAAUAUCGGCCCUACAAUUGCCCAUAUGCCGGAUCUGAAUGUUUGGUCUCAGGAGAUAUUCCCACACUCGUCGCUCAUCUCAGGGAUGAUCAUAAAGUGGACAUGCAUGAUGGUUGCACUUUCAAUCAUCGUUAUGUCAAAUCUAACCCCCACGAGGUUGAGAAUGCAACAUGGAUGUUAACUGUUUUCAAUUGUUUUGGGAAACACUUUUGUCUCCACUUCGAAGCCUUCCUGAUUGGGAAGGCGCCCGUCUACAUGGCGUUUCUGAGGUUUAUGGGUGAGGACAGUGAAGCUAAGAACUUCCUCUACAGCUUAGAAGUCGCCGGCAAUUGCCGAAAGCUCGUAUGGCAAGGUCCACCCCGGAGCAUUAGAGACGAUCACCGGAAGGUUCGAGAUAACCACGACGGCCUAAUCAUCCAACGCAAUGUCGCGCUCUUCUUGUCUGGCGGCCGGCAGGAGCUGAAGCUGAGAGUCACCGGCCGGAUUUGGAGAGAAUAAUGAAGGUGAUGUUUUAGAUCUUCUGUUAGGUUUUAGGGGAACAAAAGUAUGGGGUUGGGAAGGAUCUCAUAGCAGUUAGUGCAAU